GUGUGUAUACGUUUCUCCUUUAUUUAACCAGGUAAAAGCCUCCUUGAGAUUAAAAAAUCUCUCAUGGAGCAGUCACACUGACCAAGGGAACCAAUUUCUUUGUCCUUUAAAACUGAUUUGAACAGGCUUAACUAAACUAAUAUUGUGAAAAGAGAAACUCAAACUAUAGCACUCUACUGACCUUAAGCCCCGGGGUUUACAUAAUAUAUGUUGAAACAGUGCUUUGACCUGAUGCAGAUUGAUUUUAUUGGUGAUGUUUUAAUCCUGUGUGUGCACUAAUAAGGUGCUCAAAUUCUGUCUUCUGUUGGAAAGUAGAUGUUGUUGUUUUAUUCUCUUAUGCUCAGGUAAAAACUUUCCCUGCAGAAUAUUCUGCAUGCUGUAAUAAUAUUCUGCAAAAACAAAGAAUGCAUUUCUCUAUUAGCCCGAGCGCUCUCGUCAUUCCCCCCUCUAAAGUUUGAGAAGCCCCUUUCACCACCCCUGGACUUUGUCUGUUUGCACUCAUCAUCUCGUCUCAGAUCAUUAGAUAACCGAGUUCAGAGAAUCACAAAUAAACCCCCAGACUGUUCAGACAGUCUGUAGUAGAGCCUUUUCUGCUGCACAGUAAGUAUACAGCUCUGUUGUAAUAGUCAUCUUUUACUGCUCUUAACUUAAAAUGUGUGGGAUCAUUAAACCAUAAUUUUCUGCAGGUUUCCUCAGACAGAAUGAGACUUUCAACCGUCCUGUUCCUCGCUGCUGUCUCCACAGUGGCCAGGGGUGUGCCCAUGAGGAGCCUGGUUUUCCAGUUGCAGACGAGCAACAGCUACGUGGAGAUGGUUCCUCAGAAGCCAAUGAACUUAAACGCCUUCACACUGUGCAUGCGCCUCACCACAGAGCUCAGCGGCGAGCGUGAGGUCAUCCUGUUCGCUUACCGGACGCAACACUUCGACGAGCUGAAUGUGUGGCGAGAGCUGGACGGCAGGCUGUCCUUCGCCCUGGCCGGAGGCUCGGCUAUCUUCCAGGUCCCCGGCCUCGGCCCCCUGCAGACCCACAUGUGUGUCACCUGGGAUUCCAGCACAGGUGCAUCCGCCUUCUUCAUGGAUGGAAAGAAAAGCGUCACCAAAAUUUACAAGAAGGGCCACAGCAUCAGCUCCGGGGGCAGGGUGAUCAUCGGACAAGAUCCAGACUCGUACCUGGGGGACUUUGAGGCCUCACAGAGUUUCGUCGGGGAGAUGAGUGACAUCAAUAUGUGGGACUCUGUCCUCUCAGACAGCCAGAUCAGAGACGUGUUCUCCGGGAAGAAAGUCCAGAGGGGAAACGUCUUCGACUGGGAAACCGCAGAGUUAACAGUGAAGGGGCAGGUGCAGGUGGUUGAUAUUAAGGUGUAACUGGAAGACCCACAAAAUAUGCUGAUAAAAUAAAAGUGUAAUUAUUUUUAAAAUUAUGGUCCAAUAAAAUGAUUGCUGACAAUGCCUGUUGUGGUGCA